CUAGCUUUUAUUAUAUCAAAACUUAUUUGUCCUCCCCCCCCCAUAAAUGAACUUUGCCCAUCACACAAUCCUGCAGUCAAUAUGGAAAAAAAGUUCUCUUCCAUUAUUUUAAGCCCAACCAAACAUUUUUCUUCUUCUUCAUCUUAUAACCAUUUCAAGAACUAAUAGUGUUUGAAUAUGGAGUCAUCCUUUUGCUUGGUGGUGUUGUUCUCAUCAUCACUCAUACUCCUCAGUCAUUCUAUGGUGGCACACUGUCUCUCCUCCCCACUGCCACCAUCACCACCAUUGUCGUCUGUGAAGAAGAAACGUUGUCACGAUGAUGAGAUGACUGCCUUGCUCCAAUUCAAGCAUAGCUCCGGCAGCUCCCUCUUUAGCCUUUCUCACCUACAAAGGCUUGACCUCUCCUUCAAUGACUUCAACUCUUCUCCCAUACCAUCUGCAGUUGGAAACCUCUCAAGCCUCACUUAUCUCAAUCUGUCCGAUUCAAGCUUAACUGGUUCAGCUCCAGCAGUGACUGUAAGUCUUAGAGGUCAAAUUCCUCCAUGGAUUUGUGAUCUUGGUCAGAAUUCUAAAACUGGCCUCUAUCUGAACCUCUCUCAUAACCUUUUAACGGGUUUUCAACAAGAACAUAUUCUCUUUCAUCCUCGGGUUAGAAUAAGAAGUUUAGACCUUAGGAAUAAUAAGCUACAAGGAUCUCUCCCAAUCCCACCAUCUUCCUCCAUCUCCACCUUUUCAACCUUCCUGGUUUCGAACAACAGUUUGUCAGGAAAAGUGUCACAACUCAUUUGUAAUUUCACUUCACUUGUGCAUCUUGAUUUGUCAUUCAGUAGUUUGAGUGGAAAGCUUCCCCAGUGUUUGAGUCAUUUUAGCAAUUUUCUUUCAUUGCUGGAUUUGGGAGGAAACAAGUUUUCUGGAAAUAUUCCGUCAAUGUGGAAAAAUGGAUGUCACUUGAGAAUGAUCAGUAUGAGCCACAAUCAAUUACAAGGGCAGAUACCUAGGACAUUAGCAAAUUAUACAUGGCUGAAAUUUGUUGAUUUUGGUAACAACCAAAUAACUGAUACUUUUCCAUUUUGGCUGGGACGAAUUCGAGUGUUGAAUGUCCUUAUAUUGCAAUCAAACCGUUUUUAUGGUGCAAUUAACAAUGACUUUGGAUUCUCAAACCUUCGAGUCAUCGACAUAUCCAACAACACUUUUAGAGGACAUUUGCCAUCAAGGUUUGUUAACACCUCGAAUCCCAUGAGAGCGUUACUUUCAAGUCGCAUUAUGAAAUACAUGGAGCAGACAUUGGAACCGAAUGCAUAUUGGGAAUUUGAAGAAUUCGGCCCAUUUGAUUACUCAAUGACCAUGCAUAACAAGGGUUUGGAGAUGAACUAUAUGAAGGUUCCGGAUACGUUUUGUGGCAUAGAUUUCUCCUCCAACUGUUUUGAAGGACAGAUUCCUGAUGUGUUUGGAGAUCUUGCGGGGAUUCAGCUGCUGAAUCUUUCCAGAAACUAUCUCAGCUGUUUUGGAACCACAUUUCUACCUAGCCUUAGAGUUGUUCUGUAAUCCUUUUACAGAAAAUCAGCAUUUGAAAACGAUAGCUUUUUAAAAACACUAAAACUAAACUCUAACGUUGAUGACAAAGGGACUAAAAAGCUUUUAUAAGCCCUCCUAUCUAGGGAGUUCUCCCUAUUUUUAUGUUUAUAAAAAGAGUAUAAAGUACUUCGUAUUAUGUUCUAUAUUAAUAAAAUAAUUGUAUCUGUAUUAGAAUAACAUGCUAAACUGUAG